AUGUCUUCGCUGCCCCUGCAAUGUGGCUUUCUUGUGGUGGUGGCCGCCGCCCUGCUUUGUCAUUUUGUAUUCAAACGUCAUGAGCCCACUAGUCCGCUCUCCCACCUAGGCUUGCUCGUUGUAGUUCCAGCCAUCCUUACAACCUUGUUUUUGCCUAACGCAUCAACUUUUACGCAUGCAUUCAGUUGUGUCUACAUAUUGUAUUACUCUACUGUUCUCGUUUCUGUGACCCUGUAUCGUCUAUCCCCUUGGCAUCCACUUGCGAGAUACCCUGGCCCUAUCCCUUGCCGCAUCUCCAAGUUCUGGAUGGUAUGGGUCUCUCGUGAUGGAAAGCAGCACAUUUACUACUCAAGACUGCACCAAACGUAUGGCGACGUUGUCAGAAUUGGUCCCAACGAGCUAUCAAUACGAGACGUCAAUGCUGUGGUCCCUUUGAUGGGUAGCAACGGGAUGCCUAAAGGACCUCACUGGGAUGGACGCAUGGCCGAGCAAUCAGCCACCAGAACAGUCAUUUCGGUAAGGGAUUCCGUAGAGCACGCACGACGGAGAAAGCCUUGGCAUAGGGCUUUCAGUGUUGCUGCACUGAAAGGUUACGAGGAGAUUCUUGGAAAGCGAGUCCAACAAUUCGUAACGAUCCUCGAGCAACAGACACAACCCUUCAACCUUGCUGAGCGUAUAAAUCAUUUCACAUUUGGCGGAGGCUCAGAGAUGUUGCGUGACGGUGAUAAGGACAACACUUGGCAUCUGCUGGAAAGUGGCCUUCCAACUGCCUUGGUUCUGUCCCACGUGCCUUGGCUCGGAAAGUACUACGCCAAUUUGCCAGGAAUCGGGGAGGGCCUCAAGACAUUCAGAACGUUCUGUCAAGAACGCGCUAUUCUCAGGCGGUCCGCAGGCUCUCUGUCUAGAGAUCUCUUUCACUAUCUGAUUGACGAGGCGGGUCUUGAGCGUCAUACGUCCCCUCCAACAUUUGCGGAAGUGGCGUCUGAUGGAGUCCUUGCUAUAGUAGCCGGGUCUGAUACCACAGCAACCACCUUAAGCUCUCUGUUUUUAUCGCUUCUGAGAAAUCCUCAAACGUACUACCGGCUCCAAGCCGAAGUCGACAGCUUUUUCCCUCCUGGCGAAGAUCUACUUUCUACGGUUCAUCACCCUCAUAUGAUUUUCAGUAACGAAACUCUACGACUCUUCCCACCAGUUCUCAGUGGAAGUCAGCGUGGAGUACCGAGAGGCGGUGACGACAAGUUUGUCGGCCCUUACUUCUUACCCGAAGGCACCAAUGCAUUCGUUCAUACUUAUUCCCUUCAUCGUGAUCCUCGCAACUUUUCCCCGUCACCUGACACAUUCUGGCCGGAGCGGUGGCUCAAGCCUGAAGAGCGCGCGGGGCUCCUAUCAUUUGAUCCAAAGGGCCUUGAUAAAUUCCCAAUCGUUCAUGACACCAAGGCUUUUGUUCCGUUCUCCUUUGGUCCCAUGCAUUGCGUUGGCAAGCAACUCGCAUAUCAAGAAUUGCGUAUGGUAGUUUGUGCGAUGAUGUGCCGACUCAACUUCAGCUUUGCUCCGGGAUACGACCCAGAGUCCUGGGAACGCGACUUCAAGGAUUAUUUUGUUUCCACGAAGGGGAGCUUGCAGGUUGUCUUAUCUCCACGGAAUCUAACUGCUUGA